GUUCAUGUAUCAAGUACUCGGUGUAAACUAGGCCAUAGUCACAUACUUUUUUCUCUGCGUAUUGUAGUACAUAAAACCGUCACUAGAUGGCUGUUAUAGUAUUUUAUUUCUUAUAAGAAAGGAAUCACAUAAAUGGUACAAAAGGCAGAAUUUUAUGAGAUUUCUCACCGAUGAGAACAUCUGUGUUGUUAUAGUCAAAUAAUUUUUUUGAUGAGUUCCCUUGAAAAUGAAAUCAAGUGGAAGAUGUUUUGAUUUACUAAUGAUUAAAACUAACGUUUUUAAACUUUUAAUAUUUUAACCAUAUAAACAUAAAAAAUAUAAAAUUUAAUUAUGAUAAUUGCAACCAUUCUCUUUUCUCAGUGUAUCGGCAGUAUAUAUCGGAAUAUAAUUUGCAUCCUGCAAACACCGAAUAAAAAAGCAGCAAAGAAAACCAAAACUUACCAUUAUUUUGAUAUAAUAUAUAUGUUUUAAAGACAAAUAUAUGUUACAUCGCAGUAUUGGCACGGUUAUAUAUUAUAGAUAUAACAUUUAAAGUGUUCUGUUACAUAUUUAAAAUAGAUCAGAGACGUAAUUUUGUUGCUGACAUUUAAUACAUACAUGUAACGUACAUGUAUGUUACUUCUACAUAACUCAUUACCUACCCAGCAAACACAGUAAUAUAACAUAUACUAGAUCCAACGAUCACCAAGGAAACUCAGUAACAUGGUGGAAGAAACAAGGGUACUUCUUAUCAGCAACUGUCAGUAACAUUUCUACAGUACGAAGUUUUUACAUCACUUGCACAUUCUCUCUGCGCUAAUGAAUUUAUUGAUCAAGCAAUAACUGGAUUGACACAAUUUUUAUCGGUAUGCAGCAACCGACGUUACCUUGCCUUCCAGGAUUUAGUGUUGAUAGAAACCUUGGCAGAACGAGAUUUCACAAAAGCCAACAUUUCGACAAGAUACACGAUGGAGUAUAUUAUUUAUCUGAGAAAGCGGAUACGACAGCGUAUAGCCGUUAUUCGUCCGUCUAUCUCCGAGGGGAGAAGCCAGAAAGUCCGCCGUGGCUCACAUACGACGGCCAAAGACUCAUGUUCAAAGCGUUUUUUCAAGAAACUGUGCAAGAGAAAUGGAAAACGGCCUUCCAUAUUCGCGUAGUGAACAUUAGCUUUUUCCUUGAGGAUGGAACGAUGAAGAUCGUGGAACCGUCCGUGGACAAUAGUGGUCUUGAGCAAGGUGUUUUGGUCAGACGCCAAAGGAUACCGAUUCCCGAUCCAGUGAAGUACAGAUAUUAUGAUAUACUUGACUUAAAUGUCGGCAAGAAACCCGAGAUAUACGGGAGAGUGUAUAAAAUCGUGGAUUGCGAUAAGUUCACGAGACAAUUCCUUAAUCGCAUGGGAAUACCAGUGCCCGAUCCGAUCGCUAUACCGAAGGAUCCGUAUCACGAAGUUCGAAAAGACGAAGCAUUUCCGAAAAAGCCUAAUCGCGUGGUGGACACUCUUGGGAACUUUUUAAAGUACGACAGACAGGUGCUCCGAUUUUACGGAUACUGGGACGAUACCGAAAGUCCUCACGGUAUCGUUCAUGAUCUCGAACUGCAUUAUUAUCUCUCCGAUAAUACAAUGGAGAUCAAGGAGAACAUACCGCCGAACGCUGGUCGAGACUAUGGUCCAAUGCUCGUUAAAAGGAUGAAAAUACCAAAAUUUUAUAGUGGUUUGCAACCAAUCGGCACGGAGAAUCGUUUCACGAUUCUGAACGUAUUAGGCGAGAAUGUAAGGCAGAGCUAUUACAUGGUGGAUUCUCUGGAUACCGGCAAGCUUUCCAUGGAUUAUUACAAAGACAAUGAGUUGGGCAUCGGUGCGGAGAUUAAUAUUUUCGGUAGAAGAAUUAUCAUCACGGACAUGGAUGCUUUUACUCAGAAAUAUUAUCGAACGAAGUACGGCUUGGAUGACUUCACACCUCUGAUAAGACCCCGAAAAGCGGACGAGGUAUAUCAGAAGAUUGAGAGAUACAUACCGCCCUACAAUGGUUUUGGAUCUUACGAAGAUUCUCUGGGAAAUUGUUUUUCGGUAAUGCCAAAAGCGCCCAAGACAGACUUUAUCAAAUUUCUGUAUUACGACAAACAAGGCUUUAACAGCCACGUCUUGAGAUUCCGGGCGAAAAUGAUAUCAAAAAAUCCAGAAGAUGAAGAAAGAAUAUUUAUUAUAAGAGUAUUCCUUAUGGACGAUACAAUAUCUAUUUUUGAAUUGGCCAAAAAAAACUCAGGCUUUCAGAGAUCCUUGUUCAAAAAACGGAUGCCAAUAAUGUUGCCCGAUCAGGAUAUUUUCACAAGCAAGAAACCGGAAUACUACAAAUCAUAUGAUUUUUACAUAGGAGCACGCUUAAACCUGUACGACUUUCAUUUCGAAAUUACAUCUGCGGAUGUUUAUGGCCUGCGUUACAUGGAGUUACACUGCGACAAGUUUCCCAAAGCAAACAGGAAAUUGAUAAUGGAGAAACUUCGAGAGAGUUUACAGCCAGUUUACAAAGAAUUUAUUCAACUGUACGCACCGCCUAAGGACACGAAGGAAAAUAUUCGAAUUUUAGAAUACGAAAAGCUCAAGGAAGCGUUACGCCGCUAUAUGGGCGAUAAGAUAACGGAACAUGAAAUGGUUACGGUUGCUCGAUACUAUUCGUCUCACGAGAAGAUAGAACACCGUUCGAGAGAGUAUGUGAGACGCUUGCUGCACACGGAACUACACCGAUUUCUGUGGUGUGAUCUCGAUCGUUUGAAAGAGGAUCUACGUCAUUGGGACGAGGACGGAACGGGAUUCUUACCUCGGGAAUCCCUUUACACGAUCCUGCGCGGCUGCAGAAUCCCCGUCGACGUGGAAUUGUUGAAUUCCAUGCUGGACCACUUACGCAAGGCUGAAGAUGACAGAAUCGACUACAACGACCUGCUGCGUUUCAUAAACGUGAAAAUCGAUCCCCUGCCACCCGCCGAACCCGUAAACGUGAAAACUGCACUUUGGUGGGCAUCCGAGAAAGAACCGGACUGCGGAGGGGGAAUAAAUUGGUGCGAGUUCGUUAAAGACUUAGAUAUAAAGGCGGAAGAGGAUGCGACAGAGGGGAACAAUGACAACACGGAAACGGAACUUGUGCUGGAAUACUGAACGUACUCGCGAUUGAAUCGGAAUCGUCACUAAAAAAUAUCUUCUAAUUAUAGUAACAAAAUAAUAAUAUAACAAUCUUAUUUCUAAUUUAUAUGCAUUUAUACUAAUAUUUCAUAUUUGCUACUGACAUUUAUUACGACGCUUUAAUGAAAAAAAUUUUUAUAUUUUUAGUAACUUUUUAUAUUGUAAAAUUUAUGAAAAGAUUUAUGGGAAAUACCUUAAAUUUUCUUAGAUUUUAUAAAUUUUCUUUAAAAAUUAUAAAAAGAUAUCUACCUAUAUAUAAAUGAAUUCGGAAAUUAUAGAAUAAAAAAUAAAAUCUAAAAAAGUUUUAGGUAUUUCUCAAAAAUAUCUUAUUGAUAUCUAACAUCUUGAAAUUAAGUAGAGGGCAUACACAUGUAAAAAUCGCUGCUGUAAAACCAAAUUCAUCUUUUAUAAAAACGCAGUUAAUGACCAAUUACAAUCGUCUUACAAUGUCUAAAUAGACAGUAAUAAAAUAAUUUUAACGUUCAAUCUAGAAUUCAACGCUAAUUAUACAAGAUAUUAUCUCUCUACACGUAUCUCACGAUCUUCUCUAACAAGCUGGUGUUGAUGAGAAUUAUGUCACAUUAAUAUUUGCUGAGAAUGAGCUAAUAAAAGAAAAAAGAAAA